AUGGCUGACAACAACAACCAGAAUGACAACAACAACCAGAAUGGCAACAACAUGGGUUCGAUGCCUGUGCUGCCGCCAGGCUUCCGCUUCUGCCCUUCUGAUGAAGAGAUCUUCCGCUACUACCUGGUGAACAAGAACAACCACCCAAACCCCGACCCAGCCAACAGUUUUGAUCACAACGUGAUCAGGGAGCUCGACGUGUAUAGCUACAGCCCGUCGGAGCUGUCGGAGAAUCCCUUCUUUGAGUACGGCUCUGGGGCGGCCACAAGGCACUGGUACUUCUACACAAUGGUUUGUGGGCCUACCGACAGGCAGAGGAGGGUGAGGGCCGUGAAUGACGGGUUCUGGCUAAUGAGGGGCAGGGGCAACGAUGCGGUCGUGGGGGGCGCUGGUGGUGUCCUCGGUACUAAGAGCAGCUUUGUUUUCUACCUGGGGAAUUCAGCCCAAAGUGCUGUUGGGACUGACUGGGUGAUGGAUGAGUUUGCCCUGCCUGUUCAUGCCCAGGCUUCUUUCGUGCUCUAUCGACUCUUUGUGAAGCCUAGGACCGGGAAUAGCUCAUUGAGUGCUCGCAAUGAUGGAGUGCUCACAUAUGAAACUGGUCCAGGAGGCAAUCGUGAGGAUGGGACGUCAGGGAAUGCCAUAACGUUGGUUACCGAGAUACAUAACCAUGUUCCAGAUGGGCAAAUCCCUGCUCCUGUUCACCUGAACCAGACCAUCUACCGGAAUAGUAUGGUAAACUAUUAUCAUGAAGACGGCGAUGGUGCUGGGAACUUUGAUGCUGAUUUUGCUGCGCGGCCGGCAAUAGGUGCUCCAAGGGUGGACUAUAUAGAGCUGAACGAUUUUUUCAACCCGUUGGAAACACCGUUUUAA